CCCAUUCCGCCCCAUCCCAUCCCCAUCCCCAUCCCCAUCUCCAUCUCGGCGGUCAUUGGGAGCCACCGCACGUCGAGACUCGGGAUCCAGAGGACAAAUCAAGCCACCAGGAGCCCGAGAUCUCGAUCGCUUCCUUCCCCGAUCUCUAGGGUUUCGAUCCCCUUCUCUGUCUUCGCUCACGGUUGUUCCUGAGCGAGUGGAGUUUGGGGAGGGAGGUGUUUUUGGCUCCUCUGAUGGUGGAUUGAGCAUUGGAGUUGAUUUUCUCGUGAUCUUUUUCUUUGGUUGGGGAUGGCUUCGCCGAAGGAGAAAGAGGGGUUUCUGACUGAUGAGCAGAGGGCGGUGUUGAGAGUUGCGGCGCAGAACGCUGAGGUGCUGUCGUCUUCGCCUAGAUCGCCUACAUCGUUGUUGGCUGAGCACCCGAUGAAGGUCGCGACGGGGAACAAUAAGGUUCCGACGGUUGGGUUCGCGGUGAGGCAUAUGAGGCGGUCGCACUCCGGGAAGCUCGUGCGAGUGAAGAAGGAUGGUGGCGGCGGCAAAGGGACGUGGGGUAAACUCCUUGAUACUGAUUCUGAUUCUCGUCUUGAUCGGAAUGACCCAAAUUACGACAGUGGUGAAGAACCCUAUCAUUUGGUGGGUGCUACUGUAACAACACCAUUGGAUGAUUACAAAAAGUCUGUGAUAACAAUUAUUGAGGAAUACUUCAGCACAGGAGAUGUGGAACAAGCUGCUUCUGAUCUCAGAGAACUUGGCUCUGAAGAAUACCAUCAUUACUUUGUUAAGAAACUUGUGUCCACUGCAAUGGAUAGACAUGAUAAAGAGAAAGAAAUGGCAUCAGUCUUACUGUCUGCUUUAUAUGCUGAUGUGAUAAGCUCGGCUCAGAUUAGCCAAGGGUUCUCUAUGCUUCUUGAGUCUGCAGAUGAUUUAGCAGUUGACAUCCUUGAUGCAGUUGACAUUCUGGCUCUUUUCAUUGCACGUGCAGUUGUUGAUGACAUCCUCCCUCCUGCAUUCCUUAGCAAGGCAAAGAAAACCCUUUCUGAGGCCUCCAAAGGACUUGAAGUUAUACAAAUUGCAGAGAAGAGUUACCUCUCGGCACCUCAUCAUGCAGAGCUAGUUGAGCGAAGAUGGGGUGGUAGUACCCACAUCACCGUAGAAGAGGUGAAGAAGAAAAUUUCAGAUUUGUUGAAAGAAUAUUUAGAGAGUGGGGAUACUUUUGAGGCCUGCAGAUGCAUUAGGGAAUUGGGUGUAUCAUUCUUCCACCAUGAAGUAGUGAAAAGGGCUCUGAUACUUGCAAUGGAAAACCAGGCAUCGGAAUCACUUAUAUCGAAACUCCUAAAAGAAGCAGCAGAUGAAGGCCUGAUAAGCUCUAGUCAGAUGAUGAAGGGGUUCUCUAGGCUUGCUGAGAGCCUUGAUGACCUUACUCUUGAUAUACCUUCUGCAAAAAGCGCUUUCCAGCUGCUAGUACCAAAAGCAAUUGAUGAAGGAUGGCUUGACUCUUCUUUUCUGAAGCUUUCUGGUGCGGAUGGAGAUCGAAACGAUGAAGAUGCUGAUAAAGUAAGAAAAUUCAAGGAGGAAGCUGGUACCAUAAUUCUUGAAUAUUUUCUCUCUGAUGACAUUCCUGAACUUGUUCGAAGCCUUGAGGAUCUUGCAGCUCCUGAAUACAAUCCCAUUUUUCUCAAAAAGCUGAUCACACUUGCCAUGGACCGAAAGAACAGGGAGAAGGAGAUGGCAUCUGUUUUGCUUUCUGCACUGCGUAUGGAAAUUUUCUCAACUGAUGAUAUAGUGAAUGGAUUCAUCAUGCUUCUAGAAUCAGCUGAGGAUACUGCACUUGACAUUUUGGAUGCCUCAAAUGAGUUAGCUCUGUUUUUGGCUAGAGCGGUGAUUGAUGAUGUGUUGGUUCCAUUAAACCUGGAGGAGAUCAGCAGCAAACUUCCACAAAAUUGUAGCGGAAGUGAAACUGUACACAUGGCUCGAACCCUAAUUUCUGCCCGCCAUGCAGGUGAGAGAAUUCUAAGAUGCUGGGGUGGUGGCACUGGUUGGGCAGUGGAGGAUGCAAAGGACAAGAUCACAAAGCUUCUGGAAGAGUAUGAGAGCGGAGGUGAUGUCGGUGAAGCUUGUCAAUGCAUCCGUGAUCUUGGAAUGCCAUUCUUUAACCAUGAAGUAGUUAAGAAAGCAUUAGUUAUGGCUAUGGAGAAGAAGAACGACAGGAUCCUGCAUUUCUUACAAGAGUGCUUUAGUGAAGGAUUGAUCACCAUCAACCAGAUGACAAAAGGCUUUUCAAGAGUGAGGGAUGGGCUUGAUGACCUUGCUCUUGAUAUCCCGAAUGCUGAGGAGAAGUUCGGUUAUUAUGUAGAGCAUGCCAAGAAGCUUGGUUGGCUAUUACCGUCCUUUGUGACUGCUCCGCCGUCCUCAAAUGCCGUGGCCCCUUGAAAAAGGAGAGCCUGGUCUGGUUCACAUCAUACAAAACCCCUUUGCUUUACUCUUGCUCUGUUGCUGUUUAUGCACCGCAUUUCGACCACAGGUUCACAUACAGGUUGCUUGCCCGGACUCUGAUGGUUUCGGCGUGUGUUUAUGCACAGUUAGUCAUAUACAUUAGUCUGGUUUUGGCCAUAUAGUCAGUGUUGCUCUCCCAUCAUCUUAUAUUUUAGAACCAGAGAAUCUUUUUAUGCAGCUGGUAUUUAUGUGUAUUACUUAGUGAUUUGGAAACAAAUCUUUGACUUAUGACCUUUUCUUUUCCUUCUCAUUUAUGUUUGUUUCUCGCUUCUCUUUUCUCUUCCGGGUUUGCUAUCGAAUUUCCCCAGUCAAAAAUUCCGGUAUGACAA